AUGGAAAAAUGGCGAUUCCAUUCGAUGUUGUUUAAUGGGGAGUUAGAAUACAGGUGUAGGCUAAGUAAAUCAAUGGACAGCCUCGGUCCUUUUGAAAAUACCAGUGUAAGUGAAGAUCCAAUUAUAAAUGAUAUGGAUAAAGACAUUUUAAAUUGUAAUGACAAGUCUAAUUACAGUAAUGUUGAUCAUUUAGUCAGCGACAGAUACAUUCGGAAUUUCAUAUCUGCUGACACUUUUUUCGUUAGGGAUAGUAAUAGGGACGGCUAUUCCAUAUAUUUUGAUAUUGAAAAUAAAAAUUUUGAGAUUGACAACGACCGUUCUUUUCUAAGUGAACUAAAAAGCUCUUUUUAUAGUUAUCAGACUUCUAGUUAUAUAAAUAAUGCACCUAAAAGUAACGAUACUCGCCACGAUCGUUACGUGUAUGAUACUAAUUCUCAUUAUAUUUGGAAUAAUCACAUUAAUAGUUGCAUUGACAGUUAUCUUCGUUCUCAAAUUUGUAUUGAUAGUUAUAUUUUAAGCAAUAGUGACAAUUACAGUGACAGCUACAUUUAUAGUUACAUUUGUAGCGAAAGCGUAAAUAGUAGUAAAAGCGAGAGUUCCAGUAUAAAAACUAGCACAGAUGGUAGUGAUUUUACUAUAAGUUCUAAUAAUUUAAAUGUAACUCAAAAAUACAGGCAUUUGUGGAUUCAAUGCGAAAAUUGUUAUGGAUUAAAUUAUAAAAAAUUUUUAAAAUUAAAAAUGAAUAUUUGUGAACAGUGUGGAUGUCAUUUGAAAAUGAGUAGUUUCGAUAGAAUCGAACUUUCGAUUGAUCCCGGUACUUGGGAUCCUAUGAACGAAGACAUGGUCUCUCUGGAUCCCAUUGAAUUUCAUUCGGAAGAGGAACCUUAUAAAAAUCGUAUUGAUUCUUAUCAAAAAAAUACAGGAUUAACUGAGGCCGUUCAAACAGGCACAGGCCAACUAAAUGGUAUUCCCGUAGCAAUUGGAGUUAUGGAUUUUCAGUUUAUGGGGGGUAGUAUGGGAUCUGUAGUGGGCGAAAAAAUCACACGUUUGGCCGAGUAUGCUACCAAUCAAUUUUUACCUCUUAUUAUAGUGUGUGCUUCCGGAGGAGCACGCAUGCAAGAAGGAAGUUUGAGCUUGAUGCAAAUGGCUAAAAUAUCUUCUGCUUUAUAUGAUUAUCAAUCAAAUAAAAAGUUAUUUUAUGUAUCAAUCCUUACAUCCCCUACCACAGGUGGGGUGACGGCCAGUUUUGGUAUGUUGGGAGAUAUCAUUAUUGCCGAACCCAAUGCUUACAUUGCAUUUGCGGGUAAAAGAGUAAUUGAACAAACAUUGAAUAAGACAGUACCUGAGGAUUCACAAGUGGCUGAAUAUUUAUUCCAUAAGGGCUUAUUCGAUCCAAUCGUACCACGUAAUCCUUUAAAGGGCGUUCUGGGUGAGUUAUUUCGGCUACAUGCUUUCUUUCCUUUGAAUCAAAAUUAG